AUGAGCGACGGCGACGGUGAUGCGAUCGCCCGACUUGGCGGCCUCGCCGAGGGCCUCCUGGACGAUCUUUUCGCUUUCGGUGUCGAGGGCGCUGGUGGCCUCGUCGAGCAGCAGGAUCUUGGGGUCGCGGAUGAGGGCGCGGGCGAUGGCGAUGCGCUGCCUCUGGCCGCCCGAGAGCUGGGUGCCGUUGGACCCGGCGGCGGUGCCGAGGCCGUCGGGCAGCGACGAGACGAAAUCCCAGGCGUUGGCGGCGCGGAGGGCGCGCUCGAUGGCGGCGUCGUCCGGCGGCGUCGACUCCCCCUCCCCGCCGUCGAUGCCCAGCGCAAUGUUCUCCCGGAUCGAGCCCUGGAACAGCGUCGGCUCCUGCUGCACCAGCGCCACGACCCGCCGGUACAGCCGCGGGUUCAGCUCCGUCAGCGGGUCCCCGCCUACGCGGAUGCUGCCCGUCGUCGGGUCGUAGAAGCGCUCCAGCAUGGCGAUUAUGGUCGACUUGCCGCACCCGGACGCGCCGACCAGGGCCACAAACUGGCCGCGCUUGAUCUCGAGCGAUACGUCCUUGAGCACGGUGGCCUCGGGCCGGAGGGGGUAGGAGAAGCGGACGUCGUGGAGCUCGAUGGGGCCGCCGGCGCGAGGGGCGCGGUCUUUGUUAUCGGGCGUGGGCGACACGCUUUACUGGUUGAGAAUUGGAAGAUUUGCGACGUGGCCUGGGCCGAGAAAAACACCGACAUAAAGGACACAAAGAACUGGAACAGGGUGAUCUCGCGGUCCGCCACCAGCCUGGUGCCGUACCAGAAACCGAGAGCCAUGAACCAGAACUCGACGCCCUGUGUGGCGGCGAACCAGACCAUCAUGCUCGCCAGCGGUCUCUUUGACGAGUUGACGGCGUUGUCGAGCUCCUGGCACGGAGCUCUCAAUGGCGAGGGAGGAGACGGUGCGGAUGGCGGUGACGGACUCGGAGGCGAUGGCGGAGCUGGUGGACAGGCGUCCGGCGGUCUCGCGGUCCAGCUUGGCGUCGAAGCGCAUCUUCAAAAAGCCGCAGCCGACGACGACGGGCAGGCCGGCCAGGACGAUGACGAGGCCGAGCUUCCAGCUGAAGACGAUGCCGAGGACGCUGCACGAGGCGAUGUUCAGGGCGGCGGUGGUGAUGAGGCCGAUGUUGAGGCUCAUGAGCUCAAAGACGGACUGCGGGUGGGAGUCGACGCGGCUGGCCAGGGCGCCGAUGUUGUUCUCGGGCCGGUCGAAGAACUGCAGGUCCUGGCGCAGGAUCUGCUGGAAGAUGUCGCGGCGCAGCUUGUGGGUCAGGGUCUGGCCGACGACGUUGGUGUAGUAGCCCAGGAUGUAGUAGAAGACGAGGCAGCCGGCGGCCAGGACGACGAACAUGGAGGACAGGAAGUUGCCCCGCGUCAGCAUCUGGUCGACGGGGAGCGUGAAGACCUCGACCAUGUACGCCAUGAGGAUGGCUUGGGCGGGGAAGAGGGCGCAGGCCACGACGCAGGCGCCCAGGACGGCGAGCAUGGAGAACCACAGACCGGGCGUCUCCCUGACCAUGCGGAGGACCGUGGUGAUGAAGCCAAACUGCUUGUGGUUCUCGUAGUCGUCCCUCCUGAGCUGGGCCUGGAUCCGCUCCUGCGCGGCGGUGGGGUACUUGGUGAGCGACUUGGCCUGCCUGACGAUGUCGUCCUCGCCCUCGGCGUUGAUGGUGUCCUCCUCCUCCCCCUCCUCCUCGCCGCUGUCCGUCUCCGAGUGGCUCUGGUUGGCGCUGGUGGUGAGCUGCUGGAUCUUGACGAGCCUGGCGUAGGUGCCGUCCUGCUCGAUCAGGCUCUCGUGCGUGCCCUGCUCGACGAUGCGGCCCUUGGUCAUGACCACGAUGUUGUCGGCCUUGCGGAUGGUCGCGAGCUUGUGCGCGAUCACGAUGGUCGUCCUGCCCACCGCCGCCUUGUCCAGCGCCUGCUGCACGAUGCCCUCGGCGUGCGGGUCCAGGGCGCUGGUGGCCUCGUCCAGGAGGAGCACCUUUGGCUGAGACACCACCGAGCGCGCGAUGGCGAUGCGCUGCUUCUGCCCGCCCGACAGCAGACCGCCGCGCUGGCCAAUCUCGGUGUCGUAGCCCUCGGGGAGCUCCGACACAAAGUCGUGCGCGAAUGCGAUCUUGGCGGCUUCCUGCACCCGACGCAUCUGUUCCUCCCUGGGCGCCGUCUCCCAGGGGGUUCCGACAAGACCAUUCAACGUCUCGAUCGGCCGCCCGUCCAGCUUUAUGGUGCCCUUGUUCGGGUUAUACCACCUCUCCAGCAGGCCAACGAUGGUGCUCUUGCCAGAACCGCUAGGCCCGACCAGAGCAGUGAUCUUGCCGGCCGGCGCCGUCAGCGUAAAGUUGUCCAGCACGGUGACGCCGGGCCUGGUCGGGUAGGAAAAGUUGACGCCCUCGAGCUCCACGACGCCCUGGUUCACCUCGGGCUUCAGGCCGCUCGGGUCGAGCGGGUCGAUGACGCUCUUGCGGUCGAUGAGAGCAAACAGCUGAGCGGCGGCGGAGGCGGCGCGGGUGAACUCGAUGCUGUAGGGGGCGAUCUGGGUCAGGCUGAGGGCGGCGAUGAUGACGGACAGCAGCACGGUGAAGACGUCUCCGCUGUCCCUGACCUCGCCGGUGGACAGCAUGCGGAGGCCCUGCCAGAAGGCGAGCCCGUAGCCCAGGUAGACGAUGGUGUACUCGGCCGAGAACAGGACGCCGAAGAGGAACGAGAUCUUGUCGCCCCAGCGGUGCGCCUCGCACAGGAACUCGUCAAACUUGGCCACCAGCCGCUCGCGCAUCUCAAAGGCGUGCACCGUCCGCACGCUGCCCAGCACCCCCUCCGCGUAUGCGUUGGCCUGCGCGUGCUUCUCGAGCACCUUGGUCUCGUACCCGGCCUCGAUGAAGGACACGACGGCCAUGAAGAUGACGCACAGCGGCGCCACCCCGCACACGAUCAGCGUCAGCUUCCAGUUGGUCAGGAAGGCGAUGACGAAGGCGCUGACGAACGCCGACACGCCCUGGAUCGUCAGCCCGAGCUUCUCCGACGUGCCGUUCUGGAUCAGCCGCCCGUUGGAGUAGGCCUGCGUCGCGAUGGAGCCGCCGUCGCCAAUGUCAAAGUACGCCACCUCCUGCCGCAGCGCCGACUUGAGGUACUCGUGCCGGAUGUUGCGCACCAUGCGGUAGGCCGAGUACGUCAGCAGCGAGUUGUAGACGUACGCCACCACAAACCGGCCGAUGCCGAAGUAGACGUAAAUGAGGCUGUGUGA